GAAUUUGACCAAAACCCCAAAGAAGAGCACAGCAAGGGGUUGUCGUAAGAGAAGGCGGAGGUCACUCCUCAGUCCAGAAUAUCGAAAUCCGACUCAAUAUUGCACCCGUCGGUCGGCUCUUCGACUCACUCCAUGUCCAGGGGUCUCCAACCGGAGAGCCCCCCGCCACUUCCAUUCGAGUGACUUCUUACCUUCUUCCCACCAUGUACCAGGUUUGAUGGGGAGCGAGCGCAAGAAUUGGAAGCUUUCGGGGUAGGGUUCUCCCUGGAUCUUCUUUUGGAGUGAGGAGCGAGGAGCGCGAGUGCCAUGGAUAAUACGUAAACUGAACGGCGUUGUGCCAGAUUGUCAGUCACUUGGUGAACUUGAGCGAGUGUGGACGUGAAUCUUGUAGCUCUUGAAUUCCAUAGUUCAGUUGGUAAUCUAUCAUCAUAUUGGAGGCAAUCAAGACCUCCUUAACGCUUGGAAUAAUAUCCCAUUGAGGUUUCGCCCGCGGUUUACACGGACUUUGGCAAAUUUGUGGCGUGAGCCCGGCCAAAACCACCAAGAACAUAUCGAGAACCACCAUGCAUCAACUUCUCGUUGCCUUGACCCUCGUGGUCCUCAUUGUGCCUUGCUUGAGCAAGAAAGUGCAUUACAUUCAUUGGAACCGGAACAAUCCGAUGUUCCAGAUCGACAACACAGAUCACAUCAUGGACGUGAACACGGGAAACUUGCGAUGAUCCAAUUUUGGCUUCCAACGAGAUCUUGGCAUCUUCGCCCUCACCUGUCGCUGUCAAAACGACCACCCCACCCACGACCAUGAGGUCACCCAAGGUGGUGUUCAACACCCAUGCUCCCAAGCAUCGAGGCGAAUACAUUUACUACUAUCAUCCUCGCGAUCUGAUUGAAUUGGAGAACUCGAUUUCGCAAAAGAAGGUAGAUUUCGGCUCUUCUGCCGAGAAUGAGGUGUGGCAGAAUGAAGCCUUACGAUACACAUCAUCCUCCGCUGCAUCUUCCUCAACUUUUGUGAGUCUUUCAGUCAGCAAUUUGCUGGCAUUGUUCACUGCAUUAUCGCUCCUAUUAUGGAGACAUCACUAGAAGAUGGACCUUUCAAGACAUUUUUCCCACCGUUGCCUUCUUCACACGAAACUGCCUCAAAUCCCCUCUCUCUCUCUCACACAAAUCCCAAUCCUUCUCUGAGAGGAGGAGAUAGUGCAGCUCUCCUAAUUCAUUCAGCCAAGACACCAUUAAGAAUUCCGAUUGUUACCAAAGUGACUGGAAGACCUCCAGAUCCCUGAUCUCAUAAUAUUUUCCUCCGGCAUUGAUCUACGUACCUCUCUGUUGAUGGAAUUGUGGUGUUGGACUCAACCUGUCACCGCAUUCUUGACCGGAUUAAGCGAUGAGUUGAAGUUUCCCCAGAGAAGAAAGAAAUCAAAAUAUUCAACAAGUCAAGUCGGAGCUUAGAAGCUGUGAUAAUAUUUCCUUUAAAGAUCAUCUCCAACAUCUGUUUAUGCUGUGCAUAUUUUUGAAUAAACGCGCAUUUAAAUCUGA